UAUCUUCAUCCUCCCCAUAAUCCCAUUUGCAAUUGCAGCGACAUUUCUGAAUUCUGACAUCCAUCCACCUUAUCUUCACAAUUCACACUUCAUCCUAAAACCCUCUAAAAACCCUCCUAUUUUCUCUCUCCUCACUUCUUCAAUGGCGCCAAAUCAAAUCCUCCAUUAAAAUCCUCAAGCUCCAAGCUCAUCUCCUCCCCUAAUGGACAUCUCAUCCCCUUUCAAACCCCUCCCAAAAUGCGGGGAUCUCUCCUUCUCAUCCUCCUUCCAGUCUUUCUCUCUCCAAAUCCCUCUCAAUAAAUCCCAACCCGCUUUCCGGCACCGCCGAAUAGUGGCGGUUUCCGCCCUAAACCCUCAAGAACUCCCCCAAACCAGCCCUCAAAGACUCCUCAAAGAGUUAGCUGAGCGCAAAAAGGUAAUUUCCCCAAAGAAACAAGCACCCCCUAGAAAAUACAUCCUUAAACCCCCUUUGGAUGAUGCUAAAUUAGCUCAAAGAUUCCUAGAUAGUCCCCAAUUAUCCCUUAAACAAUUCCCUCUAUUAAGCUCUUGUUUACCCUCCUCUAAGCUUAACCAUGUCGAUAAAGCUUGGAUUGAUGAGUACUUGCUUGAGGUUAAACAAGCUUUAGGGUACCCUUUGGAACCUUCGGAUAGUUUAGGGGAUGAUAAUCCUGCUAAACAGUUUGAUACUUUGUUGUAUUUGGCAUUUCAGCACCCUUAUUAUGUUUCUUGUUCUAGGGUGAGUGCUAGGCAUGUGAAAUAUGGGCAUGCUAGGUUGAACUUUGUGGGGCAAUACGUGCUCGAAUUGGCGUUGUGUGAGUUCUUUUUGCAGCGGUAUCCGAGGGAGUCGCCUGGGCCGAUGAGAGAGAGGGUGUUUGCUUUGAUGGGGAAGAGGUUCUUGCCUAAAUGGAUUAAGGUUGCUGGUUUGCAUAAUUUGGUUUUCCCUGUUGAUGAUAUUGAUAGAUUGAGGCACUCUGAGAGGGAGCCUCCUUCAAAGUCUGUGUUCUGGGCUCUUUUUGGAGCUAUAUACCUGUGUUAUGGGAUGCCAGAAGUUUAUCGUGUACUUUUUGAAGUGUUUGGGAUGGACCCUGAAGAUGAAGACUGCCAGCCGAAGAAAAGAAGGCAACUUGAAGAUGUUGAUUAUGUUUCUGCUGAGUUUGAAGGCAGAAAACUCAGCUGGCAAGACGUAGCUACAUAUAGGCCUCCUGAAGAUGCUCUUUUUGCACAUCCAAGGGUUUUCAGAGCUUGUGUACCCCCAGGCAUGCAUCGGUUUCGAGGUAACAUAUGGGAUUUUGAUAGCAGACCCCAAGUUAUGAAAACACUGGGUUAUCCUUUGACAAUGAACGAUAGAAUUCCGGAGAUCACUGAAGCUAGGAAUAUUGAGCUUGGACUUGGGCUGCAGCUUUGUUUCCUGCACCCAUCAAAACACAAAUUUGAACAUCCUAGGUUUUGUUUUGAGCGACUGGAGUAUCUCGGCCAAAAGAUCCAGGAUCUAGUGAUGGCUGAAAGACUAUUAAUGAAACAUUUGGAUGCUCCUGGAAAAUGGCUUGAAGAGAAGCAUCGCCGUGUGCUCAUGAACAAGUUCUGUGGAAAGUACUUGAGGGAGAAGUUCCUUCACCGUUUUAUAAUAUACUCUGAUCAGGUUCAAGAUGCUUACGAGCACAAUCGGAGGCUUAGAAAUCCUGCCACACAAUCUGUUUGUCAAGCUAUUCAUGGCCUCUCUUACGCGGUUUAUGGUAAGCCUGAUGUGAGACGCCUGAUGUUUGAGAUAUUUGAUUUUGAGCAAAUACAGCCAAAACUUGUAUGAAUUAAUUCAUUUCUGUAGAUUUUUAGGUAACAGUAACAUGUAUCUUUUGGUUGCAAUAUCAGUAUAGGGGGGGGGGGGUGUAAAAAUAUGCAUUUCUCCCAUCCUACCUCUAAUAACAUUUUGUAUAAUUUUUAUGAUGAUAGUACAAGUUACGCAGCUA